AUGGAUAACUCAUGCAACUACCGCUCCGCCGUUGCAUAUGGCUACGCGCACCUCGUCACCGACGAGGAAGAGCGCUUGUACGCUAUGACGCGCAUUACGGAUUCUCUACUCCCUGGCCGUUGGGAGAAUAGUCGGAACCCGCCUACGCCCGCGGAACUCAAAUCUACGUCUAUACUACGUGUGCGCAUUGUUUCUGCGAGCGCGAAGGUGCGCACUGGGGGACCGAGCGAUGAUAGGAAGGAUUUGAAGGAUGAGGCGUUGAGGGGGAGUGUGUGGACGGGGGUGGUGCCGUGUUGGUUGGAGUGGGGAGGUGGUGGAUGGGAAGGAUAA